CAGUACUCAUCUAUCUUCAAUCACAUAACUAUCAAAGAAAGACAUUAUUUCAAGUCAUUUUUCAAGUUUCAAGAAAUGGAAAAUAGGCUAAACCAAAGAAGAGUGUCAUUUUCUAGUCCACAAUCACAUAAACAAACAAGAGAUGAUGAUGAGUUUGUAACUGCAUUAGCAGCCACUGCAUUUUCCAUUUAUUCAUUAGAAGAAGCAGGGAUACUUGAUUUGAAGAAAAUAAGAGAUAGUCCAAAAUUUUCAAAGAACCAAUCUAUAAGAGGAAAAGGAAAAGAGGAGAAUAUACCAAGGCAACCAAGUUAUGGUGAAACUUCAAUGAAAAGGCCAUUUAGACAAGAAACAAGGACAAGAGAAGGUGCUUUACCUCUUAGAAGCUCAAGUGGUAUAUCUCCAAUUGGAGGGUAUCAAAAGCAAAAAGGGAUUAUAAUACAUAACAAAAAUGAUAAGGCAAAAGCAGAAGCUUGGGAAAAGGCUAAACUACAAAGGAUUCAAAAGAGGUAUGAGAAGAUGAAGCUCCAAAUCCUUUCUUGGGAAGGAGAGAAAAGAAUCCAAGCCAAAAUCCAAAUGGAAAGGAAAAAGAAUGAAAUGGAUCAUCAAAGAGAAAAUGUAAUAGAACAUUACAAGAGAAAGAUAGCAAGGUUAGAUAUGAUUGGGCAAAGAGCAAUCAAAGAGUUGGAAGAUCAAAGAAGAAAAGAAGAGUUGAAAGUCAAAGAAAAAGCUAACAAAAUCAGAAAAACAGGCAAGGUGCCUGUCACAUGUUUCUGUUUCAAGUCUUUAUAGGAUCAAGUCAUGGAAUUUAGAACAAGAAUCACCCAAUUUAAAAAAAUUGUAAAGUUAAACUUAAAUAAUGUCUUCCUCAAAUUGCUCACAUAGUAUUGCAAAAGUUAAUUCAUAUUUAAAGUCA